AUGAAAAAGAGCAGAAAUAUUGAGCAUGAGUUAAGUUACGAAUAAAAUAUCGAAUCAGAUUGUAAAAUUAAUGAUAUUAUUGUGAAUUGCAACUCUACAAUUUUUAUUAUCUCGGAAACACUAGAAAAGGAAAGAUAGCCAAUCUUAACUUAUAUAACUUCAAAGAAGGGUCGAUGAAAUAAUUCAAGAAUUAGUGUCAUUCCCAAAAAGGAAUUUACUGUACUCAUAAUUCAAAUAUGUUUAUCUCUUAGCAUAUCUAUGAUUAUGAAAUCAUUUUGAGGAAUUAAUCUUAUGUAGCUUUGAAAAAUACCAAAUGUUUAAGUUAAAUACAAUUUUAUUACCAUCAUCUAAG